AUGCCCCCCAUUAUCCUCCCCGCAAACCAGCCCCCCAACCGCUUCUACGCCGGCGGCCCCCAAAUCGCCGCCUUCCGCUCGCAUCCCAGCAGCGCCACCCACGAGCCCGAAGACUGGAUCGCCUCAACCACCUGCUGCAGCGCCGGCCAGGCAUCAUCCUCCAACAUCGGCCUCACUCGCCUCCCUUCCGGAACUCUCCUCCGCGACGCUGUAUCGUCGGAGCCGGAGAAGUGGCUUGGGCCGGCGCACGUCGCCAAGUAUGGGAGUGACACGAAGCUCCUCGUGAAGCUGCUCGAUGCAGGCCAGAGAUUACCCGUGCAUGCGCAUCCGCACGUCGACUGGGCGGCGAAGCAUCUGCGCGAGAAGCACGGCAAGGCGGAGGCGUGGUAUAUCCUCACGCCUGGAUCGGUGUGGUUAGGUCUGAAGGAGGAUAUCGAUCCGGAGGAGUUGCUGGGUAUUGUGCGUGAGGGACGAGGGGGAAUGGAGCUUUUGGAGAGGAUGCAUAGAAUUGAUGUUGAGCCGCAUCAGACGGUGUAUGUUCCCCCGGGGGUUCUGCACUCGAUUGGCGAGGGCAUCAUGGUUGUUGAGGUGCAGGAGCCGUCGGACAUGUCUAUCUUGUGUGAAUGGAGCGGCUUCGAGAUUGAUGGUGCAAAGGAGGGCCAUUUGGGGGUUGGGUUUGAGACUGCGCUUACGGCUGUUGAGAUGAAGAGGAGGACGAGGGAGGAGGUGAUGAGGCUUGUUACGGGGCCGCGGGUUGCGGAGAGUGUGUGUGCGGAGGAGUCGAGGGGGUAUUUUCGGUUGGAGAGGGUGCUUGUGAAGGAUAGGAGUAGCUGUCGACGGGGGUUUGCGGUUGUGGUUGUUCUUGAGGGGGAAGUGGUGUUGAGGACGGAGGCUGGGGAGGUGUUGAGCUUGACGAGGGGGAGUACGGUGGUGGUUCCGUAUGAGGAUGGGGGGAUCAUGCUGGAGGGGGAGGCGGAUGUUGUUAUUGCUCGGCCCCCUGAGUAG